UUUGAAUUCAGUUGAAGUCAAGCGGUCGGGGAGAUCGUAAACACAGCAGCUACUAGAAAUGAUAGUAUUCUUACUGUUAGUGAUCGUUAUACUUACGGGUUAUGUGCUGAAUCGUCGGGCGCUAAAAUACUGGAGUAGUAGAGGAAUUCCGCAGCUCAGUCCAUCGAUUUUGGUGGGCGAUUUUGGAAAUGUUUAUCGACGAUUAGGCGUACCGGAAACAUGGUCCGAUCUCUACGAGCAAUCGAAACACUUUCCGCUGGUAGGACUUUACCUGUCCGUUCAUCCGGUGCUGAUGAUCAAUGAUCCGGAGUUGAUAAGAAAUGUUUUGGGACGAGAUUUCGAGCACUUCCACGAUCGAGGCAUCGAUGUGAACGAGAAGGAAGAUCCAUUGAGUGGGCAUAUGUUUGCAUUGAGUGGUGAAAAAUGGCGACAACUGAGGAGCAAACUGACGCAGGCUUUCAGCUCUGGCCGGCUUAAGGGCAUGCUACCGAUCGUAAUCCAGAAGGCAACUGUUCUUCAAGAGUACGUUGAGCGAUCGAGUAAAUGCGGAAAGACGCUCGAAAUGAAAGACCUCUCCAAUCGCUUCCUCCUGGAUGUUAUUUCUUCCGUAGCUUUCGGUGUGGAAAAUGAUUUGAUCAACAAUCCAAAGGACAUUUUCAGCGUAAUGGUCAGCAGAGUGCUACAUCCUAGCUUGAAGAAUAUUAUGAGGUUAGGUUGCACAUUCUUCUUCCCCAAAAUCAAACGAACCUUGGGAUUCAAGUUCAUCGAUCAGGAUGUUGAGGACUUUUUCGUUAACAUGGUGGAUCAAACGCUCGAGUAUCGCGAAAAGAACCAAGUCUUCCGAAAAGACAUGAUGCAGUUGCUGAUUCAACUUCGAAACUCCGGCUUGAUUUCGAUGGAUGAUGAUUCCUGGGAUGUUAAGGUUUCGGACACUAACAAAAACAUGACAAUCUACGAAGUAACAGCCCAAAUGCUGCUUUUCAUAUUCGCCGGAUUCGAAACUUCAGCAUCAACAAUCUCUUACUGUCUAUUCGAGUUGUCCCGUAAUCCCGAUCUGCAAGAACGAGCUCAAAGUGAAAUCGAUAGUGUCUUUUCCAAAUCCAACGGAGAACCAAACUACGAAAGUCUGGCCCAGCUGAAGUUUCUCGAGGGUUGCGUCUUUGAAACCUUACGGAAAUAUCCACCGCUAAGCUUCUUAAACCGAGAAUGCAUCAAAGACUACCAGGUUCCAGGCACCGAUAUAACCGUCGAAAAAGGAACACAAGUGGUGAUCUCCCUGCUUGGCCUACAAAGAGAUCCGAACUUCUUCCCGGAACCGGACCGUUUCAACCCAAAUCGUUUCGGAGAACAGGGACUGAAGACGGAUAAACCCUAUUUGCCAUUUGGAUUUGGCCCGAGAGGUUGUACAGGAAUUCGGAUGGGUCUCAUGAUUACGAAAAUGUCUCUUGCAAUGUUGCUUAGCAAGUUCGAGUUUCGUUUGGCGUCGGAUGAUUUUAUGAACAAGGAGCUGAAGUUUGACAAAUCAACGAUGACGUUAUCACCCGUCGGAGGGAUCAAUUUGGUGGCUUGUUUGAGGGAAACAUCGCGUUGAUGGUUUACAAAAUGGAAGUGCUAAGCAAAUGUGACAAUGGAAAGUGAAAUUACUUUUUAUUUAACUGAAAACCAAUCUGUUAUUAAUUAGUUGAAAUUAAAUCUUAAUCCUUAAACGUAGUUAUAAAAAGA